GGUCGAUCAAUCGGCCAAGAUGUCGUCCCUGCCUCACGAGCUAGUCGUGUGGGAGACCCUUGUCCGGCUGCCCGCCAAGUCGCUGCUACGGCUAAGGUGUGUCUGCAAGGCUUGGCGCCACACCAUCUCCGACGCAAACCCCUCCUUCUCUCAAGCGCACCUUCGCCAGCUUCACCAGCAAGACAAGAAGCUCUGCAGCCUGCUCAUCGCACCACGUAUCAAAAGCGAUGCGGAAGUUCCCCACAACAUAAGAAGACCAUGGGUCGAAAGGAAGAUCGCCACCCCGGGACUGUAUCUGUGGGAGGAGAGCCGGCAGGGCGUCACGACCCUCUUGCAGAGGAAGCCAACAAAAGACAUGGGUUUGCCCACUGCGACGGGCUCGUGCUCGUGCCCGCCGAGGAUACCGUGCGCAUGCUCAACCCAGCCACAGGUCGAGUCCUCGAGCUGCCUUGGAGCCUCAACAGCGUUGCACCGCGCCGGCAUUUGGUGGCACAAGGACACCAAGCGUUCGGCUUCAGGCGCGACCAUCACUCCAAUGCCUACCGUGGAACGCGUGCCACGGGUGGCCUUGGGAUGGAGGUGUUCACUAUCGGAAAGGACCGCUACUGGCGUGAGACAGCCGCACAACCACUGUUCCCGUUUCUAGUAGGAUGGAUUAUGACCUUCUUCAAGGGUUCCUUGAUCUGGACAGUUGACUAGUACUCGCUUAUGUAUGAAUAUGAUCACUUGCUUUUACAUGGUCUUGCAAGUAUGUCGUGCUUUGUCCAGCUUAGCCUCGAAGACGAGUCAUUCAGUAUCAUAACGGGUCCUCCAUGGUUUGAAGGGGGCAACUAUUUGGAAUCCAGAUUAGCUGAGUUGA